AUACAAUUAUCCUAUAAUCCUAUCCAUGCCAUCCUUUCUAUCCCAUUCUUAUCCUACCCUGAUGGAAAGAAUUCACCAUCUUCUCGUGGGUCCUACCAUACAAUGACAUUUCUUUACAAAUAAGCAUAAAAUGAGGGAACUUGUAGAAAUUUGAUUAUUGUAAAAGUAUUGUUAUUGGCCAAGGGUGGAUUAGCCAAAUUCUGUUGCAGGCAUCAAAGGAAGAAGUGAUCGGUUUAAAGUAAACACCGUUAUUAUCCUUUCAUUUAUCUACAAUACAAAUAACAUGUCACUAGUUACUAACUGUACUACUUUCCCCCACUACCUUCAGACCUUUCCCUUUAUUCCCUCCACCUGGUAACAACAACACGCUGGCCGUUAACUGUAACGCCAUAAGCUACAGCUGCUACAAGCUAUAAAUGCACUGUGCGCACGUUGACUUCAGUCAUUUUGCCUGGAGAUCUCCGGUUCAACGCACGUGGGAGUGGGAAAGACGCGCGAUUUUUAACCAAGAAAGGACACCAAUUCACACAAAUAAUCGUCGAUUAAGAAAAAAAGCAAUGGCAGACUCUAUGAUUGGUAACUGUGAUACAAAACCGGCAGAUGUACCCUUACCAGAUGAUGGACUUUCAGCAGCACAACUAUUCGCACUCGGCGAUGGUCUCACCUAUAAUGAUUUUAUUCUUUUACCCGGUUAUAUCGAUUUUACUGCCAAUGAGGUUGAUUUACUAUCGCCAUUGACAAAGAAGAUUAUGAUUAAAGCACCGCUAGUAUCAUCUCCCAUGGAUACAGUUACAGAAUCCGACAUGGCUAUUGCCAUGGCCCUAUGUGGAGGAAUUGGCAUAAUACAUCAUAAUUGUACGCCUGAAUAUCAAGCCAAUGAAGUAUAUAAGGUCAAGAAAUAUAAACAUGGUUUCAUUAGGGAUCCAGUAGUUCUAUCACCCAAUCACACAGUCAAAGAUGUCCUAAAUGUGAAAGCUAAAUAUGGCUUUUCUGGUGUUCCUAUUACAAAUACAGGAAAAGUUGGAGGUAAACUAUUGGGCAUUGUAACAUCUAGAGAUAUUGAUUUUUUGAAAAAUACAACAGAUCAACAAUGCAUAAAAUUGGGAUCAAUAAUGACAAAAUUAGAGAAUCUGAUCACUGCAACUGCUGGUGUAACAUUACAAGAGGCAAAUGUAAUUCUUGAGAAGUCUAGAAAAGGAAAACUCCCAAUUGUCAAUGAGGAAGGGGAAUUAGUAUCUUUAAUGGCAAGAACUGACUUGAAAAAAAAUCGUAGUUAUCCAAAUGCUAGUAAAGAUGAGAAUAAACAAUUGUUGGUUGGUGCUGCUAUUGGUACACACAAUGCUGAUAAACAAAGACUGCAACAUCUUACUACAGCUGGUGUUGAUGUCAUUGUUUUGGAUUCUUCUCAAGGCAAUUCUAAAUAUCAAAUUGAUAUGAUUAAGUACAUUAAAUCAGAAUAUCCAGAAUUGCAGGUAAUUGCAGGGAAUGUUGUAACAACUUUGCAAGCUAAAAAUCUUAUAGAAGCUGGAGCUGAUGCUUUAAGGGUUGGGAUGGGUUGUGGAUCUAUUUGUAUUACUCAAGAAGUUAUGGCUGUGGGAAGACCUCAAGCAACUGCUGUAUAUAAAGUUGCAGAAUAUGCAAGGAAAUUUGGUGUACCUAUUAUAGCUGAUGGUGGUAUUCAAUCUAUUGGGCACAUUAUUAAAAGCUUAAGUUUGGGUGCCAGCACAGUUAUGAUGGGAUCUUUAUUAGCUGGUACCUCAGAGGCACCUGGUGAAUAUUUCUUUAGUGAUGGUGUACGUCUAAAGAAAUAUAGAGGUAUGGGCUCCUUAGAAGCUAUGAAUAGAAAAGAUGCACAAGGUUCAGUAAUGGAUAGGUACUUUCACAAUGAGGCGGACAAGUUGAAAAUAGCUCAAGGUGUUAGUGGCUCAAUAGUUGACAGAGGAACUGUUUUAAAGUUUUUACCCUAUCUAAUAUGUGGCAUUAAACAUGGAUGCCAAGAUAUCGGUGCAAAGUCUAUAUCUACCUUAAGAUCUAUGAUGUAUAGUGGAGAAUUAAAGUUCGAAAGAAGAACACAUUCUGCUCAACAAGAAGGAAAUGUUCAUAGCCUUUUCUCAUAUGAAAAGAGACUUUUUUAAAUAGAUAAAUAUUAAAUGAGCACCUUACAAAAAGAGGAGUACCUGCAUUUAAUUGGAUAUAACUUGUCAAUUUUAACAAAUUAUAUCCUGAAUUAUAUGAACUCAUAUAUUUGCUUGUACCUAAACAUAACUAUACAAAGAUAUAUGAAACAAAUUGUUUUUUAAUGAUAGACAAGUGAAAUUUAUUUCACUAUCAUU